AUGCCGGCCCGCGAGGCGUACCGCUAUUUUCGGGAUCGUUUCCUCCCAAAAAUGUCGAUUUCAUCGUCUUCAAGUGGAGAUUCAAAAAAGACUAUGAUUCGGAUUGUUCCGAUUACCAUGGUUGGCGGUGAGAUGCCGAUCGGGGAGUGUACCGUGUUGCGGGACCGACCGGCGAUGAGGCUGGAUUCCCGGCUCGUAUGCAAAUACGAGAUAUUGGCGGUGGUCGGGAAGGGCAGUUUCUCACAGGUGUUGCGAGUUCAGCAUCGGAUUUCGCGGAAUUAUUUUGCAGUGAAGUUGGUGGCCGCUGAUUGUGGGGCGAGUUCCCAGGUGAACAACGAGCUCCACAUCCUCAGCCGUCUACAACACCCUAACGUCAUCCGACUAGAAGAAGUCUUCAAGUCCUCCUCCCGCCUCUUCAUCGUGCUCGAGCUGGCCUCUGGCGGAGAAAUGUACGAUCGUGUCGUCUCCAAAGGACGAUAUUCAGAACAGGAAGCACGACAGGCAUUAAAGAUGUUGCUGGCCGGACUCGCCUACCUUCAUUCAAUCCGGGUGACACAUAGGGAUUUGAAGCCUGAGAAUUUGUUGUAUGCGGAUACACGGCCGGAGGCUAGGUUGUUGAUCACCGACUUCGGACUGGCCCACCAGUCUACCUAUUCCGGGGAGACGAUGACAGAAACCUGCGGAACUCCCGAAUAUAUCGCCCCUGAAUUGUUGCUCCGGGUACCGUACACCGACAAAGUGGAUAUGUGGGCGGUUGGAGUGAUUGCCUACAUCUUGAUGUCGGGGAUUAUGCCGUUUGAUGAUGAUUGUCGGAGUCGACUCUAUACCCAUAUUAUCACCGCUAAUUAUGUUUAUUAUCCACAGUUCUGGUCCGGCUCCGAGCUGGCGAAGACAUUCGUCGACAGCCUGCUGGAGAUGAACGCGCGUACCCGGUUGUCCGCCACCGAGGCGAUGAAGCACGACUGGAUCGUUGGCGAAUCUCGUGCUCAACAUCCGAUCAAGUCGAGGCCGUCCAGCGAGUACAACGCCAUGCAACGGACAAAAUCGACACGUUCGAUUCGGUCAGUCACCCGGUCAGACCAUGGACAUCGCGUCGACCCAAGAGAAGUCGACCAGCUGGCCCAGGAUCUCAAGAAGGCCGCCCAGAGCACCAAGCAUUAUGGCGUCUUU